AUGCCGCCAAAGGUUGCCGCCUCCCCCACGCCGGGGUUCUUACCAAGAGGAGGGCGAAACCGCAUCGCUGAAGCGCUCUAUGAAUGGUGUCGGAAAAACCACGAUGUUGGCCAUGUCUUCGGUCAAGAAGAGCUUUUGUCCGCCGGCAUCAUCCCCAAUAGAGACCUCUCCAUCCUCCUCUCCUCUGUUACACAUCUGGUCGACAACUCUCUAUUCAGACUCCACGAUCGAGCUGGGGGUACCAUAGGCUGGGAAUUAGUUGACCAAGAGAAAGCCAAAAACUAUGCAGGCCUCACCCGUGACGAGGGAAUCGUCUUGUUGAUCAUCGAUGCCGCUGGAACCUCGGGAAUAUGGACCAAAACGAUCAAGUUCCGUUCCUCGCUCCAUGGCAGGGUGCUGGAUCGGGUGUACAAGAGCCUGGAGGCCAAAGGUCUAAUUAAGCCCAUGAAACAUGUCAAGAACCCUGGUCGAAAAAUGUACAUCCUGGCUGGAUUGGAGCCAUCCGAGGAAGCAAGUGGUGGGGCCUGGUUCUCUGAAGGCCGUCUCGACAUUGGUCUCGUGGACACCAUUUCAAAAGUCGUCGAGCACUACGUUUCCACCCAGAGUUGGCAAGUUAUCGAACCCGAAGACGAAGAGGACGAGCCGCUUUCACCCGGCCAGAAGCGCAAGGCCCCCAGUGCAGGAUUCGAAAGCCGUGGCGAUGAGAGGGCUAAAGCGGUGAAGAAUAACGAAGGACAGCAUAAGGCUAAGGGUCCGAAGCAAGCCCCUCAAAAAUCUUACCGACCAUUUGAUGCUGGCUGGAUAUCAUAUCCCACACUGAGGGACAUCACCAGCCAUAUUCUAAGCAUCAACGUGACGCCCACUAUCCUCCCUCAAAAUGCAAUUCACCAAUUACUAGAGGUCAUGGUCUACGACGAUCGCCUGUUCAAGAUGCAUCGCAGUCCCAAUGAUGAUGAGAUCCCAGAUGACCCUAUCGCCAAUACUGUGACCAUGUAUCGAUCCUUCAAAACACCUAAUGAUUUGUUGGAGCAGCAUCACUUGGAAAAGCGCAAGGCUAAUAGCCAUGAGAGUGUUCGCAGGGCUGCGUAUCGACAGCAAGAGCUGGAAGACAUUGGACAAGGCGGAGCAAGUGAAGUGCCAUGCAUGCACUGCCCCGUGUUCGACAUUUGCGGUGAUGGUGGGCCUGUCAAUGUGGUCACUUGCAAAUACUUCGACCAGUGGUAUGUGCAGCUCAGGCGGGCAGACGACGAGGCUAGUGCUGGACAACCCAGCUCCAAAGAGAAAGAGAAGAAUAAAUACAAAGAUGGGCAGGAGAAUGGUCCUACGGUUAAUGGAAACCCAGGGCCCAAAGUGGAUGUGGAUCUGGAGCUCUCUUAG